AUGACGACCGCACCACCGCUGUCGCGCAAGCAGGCGGCGCACACCGACGUCGCCGCGCUGCGCAAGCCUCUCGUCGUACCCCUCGGCUCCCGCUCCUAUGCAAAGCAGUUUGCCCAGCUCUACGACUACCGCCUCUCGUACCUCAACAAGCGCAUCCUCCACAGGGCACACGCCAAGUGGGUGCAGGGCUUCAGCUCGUUUUCACAGAGCCAGUCCCAGGCUGCCCUCGCCCAGGGUGACCAGGAUGACGACCACGAGGACGACGACGACGACGACGACCCCGGCGCCCACACCGAAGCUGGCCCGUCGUCUAGGAAGCGGUCACGCGUAUCCAUGGCGCACCCCCCCAAGCACACCCAGCGCAUCCUCGAUGUAAGGCAGGGCGAGGUAUGCUACAUCGUCGGCAACCUCUACUGCGCAAUGCCCCUUAAGCCAGACGUCCUCGAGGACCUCACCAGAGAGCAAUGGCUCGCCCCGCAGCCCGCACGCACCAAGUUCGUCGACCCGGCCCGCGACGAGCUCUACAUCGAGGACCAGAGCGGCAGGGUCAAGCUCGUCGGCGACGCCAUCAGGCCGGGCGGACGGCUGCGGCCCAUGCUCAUCACGGGCGCAGUCGCCGCCGUGCUCGGCACAGAGACGCGCGCGGGAGACUUUGAAGUCGUAGACGCCGUCUUCGCAAGCCUCCCCGACGCAUCGCCCGCAUCGGCAGCCAAGGACGAGGCCAGCGAUGACAGCGUCAUGGACGGAGGCAGGGACGACGACGCAGCAGACGACGGCUGGGUCGUCAUCAUGAGUGGACUCGCCAUCGGCGGAGACGACAGCCUCGAGAGCGAAGUCGCCAUGCAGUUCCUCACAGAGUGGCUCACCGGCGAGCUCGGGAGCGGCGAGGACCGCGAGGCGAGCUCCAAGGUCGUCGCCGCCAUCAUUGCCGGCAACUCGAUGGCCCCGCCCGUCCGCAACGAAGACGAGACAAAGACGAAACGCUUCGGGCAAGACGUGCCCACCUACUCGGCCGCGCCGACGCUGGCGCUCGACCAGUUCCUGACCGACCUCUGCUCGACGAUGCCCGUCCACAUCCUGCCGGGCGAGCGCGACCCGGCGUCGGUGGCCAUGCCGCAGCAGCCCAUCCACUUUGCCCUGCUGCCGCGCGCCGGCCGCUUCGACUCGCUCCACCGCGAGACCAAUCCGACUUGGAUCGGCCUCGACGGCUGCCGCAUCCUCGGCACCUCGGGCCAGAACGUCGACGAUAUCUUCAAAUACGUCGAGGAGGGCGACGACGGGCGCGUCGAGAUGGCCUGCCGCGUCCUCGAGUGGGGACACCUUGCCCCGACGGCGCCCGACACGCUUUGGUGCUAUCCGUUCAAGGCGACCGAUCCGUUCCUGAUCCGCCAACGGCCGGACGUCAUGUUUCUCGGCAACCAGCCGGCGUACGGCACGGCCCUCUACCGCUUCGACGAGGACGAGAGCGGCGGCGGCGGCGGCGGCGGCGGCGACGGCGAUGACGACGAGGGGUUAGAGGGGCAUGGGUCGCAGGGCUCCCCCGCGACGGCCGGCCGAGGGUGGAAGGGCAGGGCGUGCCGCGUCGUCCUGGUGCCCGAGUUUGUCAAGACGCACCAGGUGGUGCUGGUCAACCUGCGCAGCCUCGAGAGCCGCGUCGUCGACGUCGGGACGAGGAUCUAG